UCCCUCUCUCUGCAUAUCCUGUAAAUCAAAGAACAUUCAUUGAUUUACUCAACACUUUUUCUCUCUCUCUAAAACACAUUUCUACCAUCAUGAAAUCUGCAGAGAAAAUGGCUCUUAGAUCACUUGAUAAUGUCCUUCCAACCACACCAGAAAGACUCAAGAAAAUCGCAAGAGUUUCAGUUCUUCCUGCAUCUAAAAAACCCAAUUCUGAUAUCAUUGUCAAUGAUGAAAACCAAGCUCCUGUUCCUUUAUCUUCAGAACCCAUAAUCGAUUAUAUUUCUUCCGAAGAUCUAAACCCCAUUUCAGAGCCGGAAUCUAAAAUCAAUGGCCUGAUGGAUGGAUUGGAUUCGAAAAUUUGGACGAAGGUUUGUGAGUCAUUAAACGAUGUUAGACGAUUUGUUUUGUUUCAUUCAUCUAUCUUGGUUCCAGUACUAGAUAAAGUUAUGCUGGUAAUGGUGAAAGCAAUGAAGAAUCCGAGAAGUGCAUUAGUUAAGACAUCGAUUAUGGCAGCUUCUGAUAUUUUUAAGGCUUUCAGCGAUAACUUGCUUGAAUCCUCAGAUGCCUUAGAUCAGCUGUUGCUGCAACUUUUGUUAAAAGCAUCACAAGACAAGAAAUUUGUGUGCGAAGAAGCCGAGAAAUCUCUACGAAUCAUGGUGGAGUCGAUUUCCCCAGUUCAGUUGCUUCACAAGAUCCGGGUUUACAGUAGCCAUAACAAUCCUCGAGUUAGGGCUAAAGCAGCUGUUUCAAUUUCUCAUUCUGUAUCAAGGAUGGAUUUAAAUGGAAUGAAAGAGUUCGGAUUGGGAAUGCUUAUUCAAAUUGGGGCAGAUUUAUUGAACGACAGGCUACCUGAAGCUCGAGAAGCUGCUCGUAAGACUAUUACUUCGAUUUAUGAUGCUUUUGUCCAAGAUGAAGAUCUGAAGAAUUCUGAACUAUCGUUGAAAGCAUCAUGGGAGAAUUUCUGUCUUUCUAAUUUGCAAACUAUUCAAGCACAAUCUUUGAUUAAGAUAAUUUUUACUUAGUAAGCAGUUGUACUGUAAUUGAGGUUUUACAUGAAAACCCUCGUACCCACUAGCUUUAAAAGAGUGUUUCGGUACAUUUCUAAGUGUUUCAAGUUUAUAAAGUGGUAUUCUUGAUUUAUGAGUUCUUCAA